CCCCAGCAGCAGCGCAUGGAGCUGGCUGCCGUGUGGCACUCAUCUCGGCCCCCAGGGCCCCCGCCUCUCAUACUCCCUGAGCUUUUCAGCCUCGCAGGCUCGACCAAACCCUGCCAGCCCCCGGAGAUGGAGCAGCCCCUCCUGGCAUCCCCGGCCAUGGGGACGCUGAUGGCUCCCGGCGCGCCCCAAGGUCCCCCGCCAGGGCUGUGGAUGGCUCCGUGCGGCUGCUUCUUUGACCCCCGCGUCUUUCACUUCGAGUGGGCAACCACGACCGUGCCCCCACCAGCCAGCCCCGUGGGCUCCGCUUCGCUGCCCAGUGCUGUCCCCGGGGCCCCGCAGGGCUGGGUGACCUCCCCGGCCCCCCCCCAGCAAUUUGUGCCCUACAAGCAGCAGGGCGCAGCCGUGGCCCCAGUGCUGCCAUCGGUCCCCAGCUUCCAGCAGCUGGAGGGGCAGAUCCAGCAGAUGAGGAUCUCAGAGCCACCCCAGGAUAGCGGCACCGGCGUCCCCAUGGGUGACAUCGUCCCCCACGACAGUGACAUCCCUAUGGGCCCCGCCAUCCCCGGCUCCCAAGAGAUGGGGGACAACCUGGAGAGCCUCGACAUCGAGCUGCCUGACGAGGUGCUGCUGGAGGAGGCCGUGAGGCUCUUCAACUGCUCCACGGGGAUAGAGGGGGUCAGCCAGGACAGCCCCAGCAGCGUCCCCGUGCUCAAGGACCUCGGGGAUCUCGCUGACCUCGAUGAGAUCGCCUCCUGUCACGACAUGAGCUCGCUCUCUCUGCCUGAAGAGAUGCUCUCCUCUGACUACAGCAUCCCCGAAGCCUCCAACAUGAUGCUGAGCGUGGAGCAGCUCGACAGCGUCCGGAUGGAGCCCAAGGAGAUGCAUCAGGAUCUGACACCGCCAGCGCUGCUGCUGUCACCGCCCCGGGGUGAUGAGUUUCAGCCCAAGGCCAAGCUGGAAAAGAGGGGGAAGAAGCGACGGAACAGCUUCUUGCUGAGAAAGGGCUGCAAAUAGAGGGCCUCCACCUGCAGCAAUGGGAUGGGAGAACAGGGUUAGAGCCCUUGUAAUGGGAGCGGGAGGGGGGAGGGAUAAGUAUAGUGUUGGACAGCUUUUCUCUUGUUUCCUAUUAAAUGUUGUUUGUUCAGAACUGCUCUGUGUCUUGGGGGCUGGGACAGACAGACAGACAUAGCCCCACACACAGAAGGUGGCAUCCCCAGCCCUACAGUGAAACCCAGGUCAAGGGCAUAGGAAGGAUAGGAAGGCUGAUGUGCCUUCAUCCCAAAUGCAGAUGGGGUCACUUCCAGGUUGGGGACAGGGUCAGAGCAAAGCCCUUAAAUAACAUCCAUCCUAAGGGCCCACGCCAGGGCCUGGCUUGUCCUCCCUGCUGCAGCAAAAUAACCCCAAAGAACCCAAAGAAGAGUAAGGGAGGGAGCCACUAGCAGGGCAGUACCUCCUCUCCCCUUGUCUGCCCAACAUAAA